ACAACGCGACCUUUCUUUGUUGGAUGCGGUCUUUCUUUCUUUACCAUCAUUUUAUUUUAUUUUUCUUUUAUUUCAGCAAAUUUCUCUGCCAGGCUCACGCGGGUGUUGAUUCUCUCUCUCUCUCUCUCUCUCUCUCUCUCUCUAAAAAUCGAUCGAAUCCCCUACUGAUUUCUCUCUCUCUCGUCGACGACGAGCUCCCGAUCAACUUCGUCCAACCCACGCAGACGAAUAGAGAGAGAGGUCGAACUUUCCCUUUUCUUUCUUCGAGUAUUGUGUUGAUUGUUUCGUGGCCAUGGGUCAAGCUUUUCGCAAGCUCUUCGACACCUUCUUCGGCAACACGGAGAUGCGAGUUGUAAUGCUUGGCCUCGACGCAGCUGGUAAAACAACCAUCCUUUACAAGCUGCACAUUGGAGAAGUUUUGUCAACUGUUCCUACAAUAGGUUUCAAUGUGGAGAAAGUUCAGUACAAGAAUGUGAUGUUCACUGUUUGGGAUGUCGGUGGACAAGAGAAACUAAGGCCACUCUGGAGGCAUUACUUUAAUAACACUGACGGACUGAUUUACGUUGUUGAUUCCUUGGACAGAGAGAGAAUUGGAAGAGCAAAGGCAGAAUUUCAGGCCAUCAUCAGUGAUCCAUUUAUGCGCAACAGUGUCAUCCUGGUGUUUGCUAAUAAACAGGAUAUGAAAGGAGCUAUGUCGCCAAUGGAAGUGUGUGAAGGACUAGGCCUCUAUGAUCUCAAGAACAGAAAAUGGCACAUACAAGGGACUUGUGCCCUUAGAGGUGAUGGCCUUUACGAAGGGUUGGAUUGGUUAUCUAGCACGCUGAAAGAGAUGAGAGCUGCUGGAUACUCUUCAGUGGGCACCUCGUCAUUCUAACAGUUUAUUAGGAUUCUUGGGUCUGUCAAUCAAAAUUGACGACGAGCUGAAGAGUUGGUCAUGUGUUCAUCCAAAAGUCCCUGGAGUGUAAUCAACUUCCCCCCCCCUUCUUUUUGAGAGUUUAGUCGGUGCUUCCUCCUGGACUUGCUUUGACAUUCAGACAUGUAACCUAUUCCGAUGUAUAUUCCAAAUCGCCAGGUUGUGCAAUCGAUGAGUAUUUGCCGCUACUAUGUAAGAUUUGGAUUUUGCCCCUUGAAAAAUAUUGUUUUCGUAUUUGUAGAUGAUUGAUGAUGCUCGACCUCAA